CUGUGCAGCACUCUAAAAGCAUCGCUAUUUGAUGUUUUGUAUAUUAGUUUUUAAUAAUUUGACUUCAGAUUGCUGAAAACAAAAAAGGAAACCAUUAUCCAACUGCUAAUAAAACACUGACACUGACGACACUGCAGACUGAAGGUUUUACCAAAACACAAGAAUGAAUUUGAUCUACUCCGUCAUUCUCUGCCUCUUUUUUAAGACCAGCAGCUGCCAACUUAAGUGUGUCAAAGAAACUCUUUACGACCACGAUUUUUUCAUCAAUGUGACCACACACUUUAAAGCAGAAACCGGGGACUGCAUUAGGAUCCCAUAUAAAUUAAUGAUUCCAACAAACAAAGUUACAGCUCCAUACAGAAAAAUUUGGUUCAAAGGAGAUCCGCAGAAUGCCGAAAAUACAAUUGUUGUUAACACAGUGGAAUCUGAGAUGAAAGACACUUACAGCACAGGUGGCCUACCACCUGGGGAGUAUGAGUACGGCUUCAAACUGGAAUGGGAGUGUAAUCAGACGUAUAUUUUCCCAAUGAGGGUUCGGAUCUCAGUUUCUGCAUUAACCCAAAAACCAUAUGUGUAUGUGCCUGCUUUGGAAGAAGGACGAGGUGUCAGGCUGCAAUGUAGAGCUGACCGUUUAUGUUCUAGCAGAGCACAAGUCUCCUGGAAAAAGACAACAGCUGGCGGACAGUCGAUACUUCAAGAUGUUAAUGAAGAUUUUUAUAAUAGAGAGAUUGGCAGGUAUCGAGGAAUGUAUAUGUUAAACUACAUUCCUACAGCAGAUGACCACAACAUCAACAUCACAUGUUUGGCAGAUUAUGGUUACACUGUUGCUGAGACAACUGUCACCUUAAAUGUGAAAUUUUCUCCUAAAAUUCUAAACAGUUCCCAGUGCAUGACCGAUGGGAAGCUUGUGGUCUGUGUGUGCAACAGCCGGGGGAAUCCGCUGGCACCAAUCACCUGGCCUUUGGCCUCUCUCACUGACUUCUCAGUCACCAGCUCCAGCAGCAUCCUGACAGUGAGCAGCACCAUCACCAUGCCUGCAGCUGCUGACUAUCACAAUACCAGUGUAAAAUGCAUCAGCAGCAAUGAAAUGGGCCAAGCUGAGAUUGAUAUUCCACUUCAGGACAACAGCAAGAACUUUCCAACAGAUUUGUACGGUGGGAAGCAGACGUUUAAUACAACCACUCCAUGGAUAAUCGUCGGUGUGUCGUUCAGUCUGAACCUGCUCCUCCUCAUCCUGAUCAUCAGCAUUUACAGACGGGACAAACAAACGCAGAUGAAAGUUUGUGAAGAGACAGACACGUAUGCUUCCCUCAGAAAGGCAGAUGUUGAGCAAGAGUACAGUGUUAUUUCUCCACAACCAAGAUAAAAAUGCAUGCCCUAUUUUGGAACCCUUUCACUUAUUCAGUGUUUUCAUUCUUUUUUUAAUAUAGCAUUUUUUCCCCCCAGUUUUACAGUAUGUAUACAUUUAUUUCAUUUGAAUGUAUAAUUCCAUGUUGUACAUUACGUGUUUUUUUGGAAGGCCAACUAUUACUCUUACUUUUUCGCUUGGAUGCAGUAUGUACAUUUCUUAUAAUAUAUAUAUAUAUA